GUCCCGCUUCGGGCGGGCUCUACGCGGCUAUGCUGCGCACCGGGCUGAUUCCCCGCGCCCUGCGCCGCCCUCGCGGGGCCGUGCGGAGCUGCCGCUGCUGCUGCACGGCCCGCAGCUGGGCGGGCGCGGCGGGCGGCGGGUCCCGCCUGAGGGCUGCCCUGGGGCUGCUGCCAGGCCCCGGCCGGCCCGCGGCCGUGGCCGUGCCGCUGUGCGCCCGGGGGCUGCGCUGGGCCGGUAAACUUUAUCAACAUGUCCCAACAGAGCCCUCCCAAGCCACCUUAGCUAGUGUGGCUCCUGUUUUUGCAGUGGUGAAGCUUGACAAAGAGGGAAAUACUACCUAUUUUGAAAAGAAGAAAACAGAAUUGUACCAGGAAUUGGGUCUUCAAGCUCGAGAUCUAAGAUUCCAACACCUAAUGAGCAUAUCAACUAGGAACAACAGGAUCAUCUUGAGAAUGGAGUUCUUGAAGGCUGUCAUAACACCAGAGUUUCUUCUGAUACUAGAUUAUCGUAAUUUAAAUCUGGAACACUGGCUCUUCAAGGAACUAGCAUCUCAGCUGGCUGGGGAAGGUCAGCUGGUUACAUAUUCCCUGCCCUUCGAAUUCCGAGCCAUAGAAGCAAUCCUGCAAUACCGGAUCAGCAGACUACAGGGGAGACUUAACACUUUGGAGCCUCAGAUCCUUGAGACACUGGAAGCUCUAGUGGACCCCAAGCUUUUGUCUGUGGAUAGGAGUAAACUACACAUUCUCCUGCAAAAUGGCAAGAGCUUGUCAGAACUGGAAACAGAUCUUAAAGUUUUCAAAGAAACAAUUCUGGAGAUCUUAGAUGAAGAAGAGUUAAUAGAAGAGCUCUGUCUAUCUAAAUGGACUGAUCCACAAGUAUUUGAGGAAAGUGCAUCUGGGAUUGACCAUGCAGAGGAAAUGGAGCUGCUGCUGGAGAACUAUUACAGACAAGCAGAAGAUCUUGCAAAUGAAGCUCGUGAACUCAGACUGUUGAUUGAUGACUCAGAAAGCAUAAUCUUUAUCAACCUAGACAGCCACCGUAAUGUGAUGAUGAGGCUGAAUUUGCAGCUGACCAUGGGGACUUUUUCUCUCUCUCUCUUUGGACUCAUAGGAGUUGCAUUUGGUAUGAACUUGGAGUCAUCUCUUGAAGAGGACCCCAGGAUAUUUUGGCUGGUGACAGGGAUUAUGUUUCUGGGAAGUGGUCUGAUAUGGCGACGCUUGCUUUCCUUCCUUGGGCGGCACCUAGAACCUCCACUACCUCCUCAGGUUCCUGCAGUUUUGAAAAAAUUCCAACCAGCAGCUGGAAGAGUGGACAUAAAGAACAACCUUAAAACAGAAACAUUUGGGCUGAACAGAAGCACGUUAACAAACCAAUAGAACAGCAGGAAUGAAGAGACUUUUGUUAUUACAAGGUGGACUUUGGACAUUUCCAUUUGUUCUUCCUUACUGAAAACUGCAAGAAUUUGUAAACUUGCUAAUUUAAUAUAUUAUUUUAUGCCAAAAAACUAUGGUGAGAUUUUAAUGCUUACACACAAAAGGAGAAAAACAGCAGGGAAAAGAGAGAUAUGAUUUCACAGUAGGCUCAUGUCACACCCUGUGUAUGUUCCAUUAGUUUUUUAUAUUGCAUACAUGUAUUUAUUUUGGGGGCAUUUCUGUCAAAUACUUCAUGUAAUGGCCUUUCUUAGAACAGUACUUUCAGCUUAAAGAAUGGCAGCAGCCAGUGUUCAUUAAUGAUUCUUGUUCUGAGCUGCAGAUUCAGGAAUCUGACUUCCAAUGCCAAAGAAAAAAAACACCCCAAAAAUGGCCUUUUAAAUAUUUUUUUUUUGUUUUAAGGCCCUUUUUAAUUGCAGAGAACAGAUUUUCCAAGCAAAAAGCAUACCUGCAUCUGUCCUGAAGCAUCGCCUCUAGAUUGACAGUAACCAAAAAUAAUGUUUCUGUUAUUUCAAGAGAGCAAUAAGAGACUUUGAAAUGUAGCUACUUAUCUUGGGUAUUCCUUA